AUGAAGAACAUACUUAAGUAUAACAAGAGAGUAUACCUACUUAGGCAUUUUUCCUCAGUUAACAAAAGAAAGGUAUUGAAAACUAUAUUAUAUGACGUCCACAAAAAGAACAAUGCUAUUUUUAAGAUAUAUAAUGGCUAUUACGUUCCAGAUGAAUACAAAGACGACACAUUAAUAACAUCCCAUUUACAUACUAGGUCUAACUGUUCCUUAUUUGAUUACACAUACAGGCCUAUUUUAAAAAUAAGUGGGGUGGACAAGAUAAAUUUCAUAGAAAAAUAUGUAGGUAGUGAUAUUAAGGGCUUAUGGGAAAAUGAAUGUAGAAUGAGUUUAUUAUUAAAUGAAAAGGGUGGAAUUAUAGAUGAUAUAAUAAUAAUAUUAAUAGAAAAUCAUUUGUUAUUAUAUUUGAAUAUACAAUGUAAGGAUAAAGUUUAUACAUAUCUAAAUGAGAAACUUUUAGAGAAUACACAGUUAGAUGUAAAAAUUGAAGAGUAUACCUCUCAUAGUUCCAUUUGUAUACAAGGAUCUAAAUCUGUUAACAUAUUAAAGGAGAUGGUAAAUGAUGACAUAAAUUUAGAAGAUUGUAGUUUUAUGUCCAGUAAUAUAUAUAAAUUAAAUAAAGCAGAAAAUUGCUUAUUAAAUAGAUAUACAUGUACAGGGGAAGAUGGCUUUGAUAUAUUAAUACCUAAUAAACAUAUUACAGAGUUGUAUGAAUAUAUGUUAACUAAUCCAUUAGUAAAACCAGGAGGUUUAGCAGUUCAAAAUACGUUAAGAUUAGAAAGUGGUUUUUGUGUUUAUGGAAAAGAUAUUAAUGAAAAUUUUACUCCUAUUGAAUCGAAUUAUAAAUGGGUUUUAGGACAGAGAAGAUUAAAAGAACUAAAUUUUAAUGGAGCUCAUAUUAUAAUGAAUCAAAUAAAAAACGGUACUAAAAUAAAAAGAGUUGGAUUAGUUAUAAAUACUUCUACAAUUGUACCGAAAGAAAAUUCAAAAAUUUAUUCGAAUGAAAAAGUAGAUGAAGAAAUUGGUUUUAUCACGAGCAGUGUUUUUUCCCCUUUGCUACAAAAACCUAUAGCUAUGGGCUAUGUAAAGACAGAUCAAUCGAAUGUUAAUAAUAAUAUAAAAGUAGAAUGCUUAAAUAAGUUGGAAAUUGCCCAAAUUACGAAAAUGCCUUUUGUUCCUUUAUCCAUAUAUAAAAUAUGA